CAUUCUACAUGUUGCAUGUUUACGUGGCAAUGAAGACAUUGUUAGGGAUCUUCUCUCGCGUGGGAUAGCUGAUAUAGAGAGCGCAGACAAGACGGGGAGAAAACCAGUGAUAUAUGUAGCACAGAAGGGCAAUAAGAAAGUUGUUGAUCUACUGGUGAACAAAGGAUGCAACUUGUCGGUAGUGGAUGAUCUAGGUAGAAACAUUCUACAUGUUGCAUGUUUACGUGACAAUGAAGACAUUGUUGAGGAUGUUCUCUCGCGUGAGAUAGCUGACAUAGAUAGCAGAGAUGAUGGAGGAAGGACACCAGUGAUGUAUGCAGCAGAGAAGGGCAAUAAGAAAGUUGUUGAUCUACUGGUGAGCAAAGGAUGCAACUUGUCGGUAGUGGAUGAUCCCGGUAGAAACGUUCUACAUGUUGCAUGUUUAGGUGGCAAUGAAGACUUUGUUGAGGAUCUUCUCUCGCGUGAGAUAGCUGACAUAGAUAGCAGAGAUGCUCGAGAAAGGACACCAGUGAUGUAUGCAGCAGAGAAGGGCAAUAAGAAAGUUGUUGAUCUACUGGUGAGCAAAGGAUGCAACUUGUCGGUAGUGGAUGAUCUAGGUAGAAACAUUCUACAUGCUGCAUGUUUUGGUGACAAUGAAGACAUUGUUAAGGAUCUUGUCUCGCGUGGGAUAGCUGACAUAGAUAGCAGAGAUAAUCAAGGAAGGACACCAGCGAUGUAUGCAGCAGAGAAGGGCUAUAAGAAAGUUGUUGAUCUACUGGUGAGCAAAGGAUGCAACUUGUCGGUAGUGGAUUAUCUAGGUAGAAACAUUCUACAUUUUGCAUGUUCAGGUGACAAUGAAGACAUUGUUAAGGAUCUUCUCUCGCGUGGGAUAGCUGACAUAGAUAGCAGAGAUGAUCGAGGAAGGCCACCAGCGAUGUAUGCAGCAGAGAUUGGUAAUAAGAAAGUUGUUGAUCUACUUGUGAACAAAGGAUGCAACUUGUCGAGAAGGGCAAUAAGAAAGUUGUUGAUGUAUUGGUGA